GCUGUUCGGAAACUGCAUUAACUUUAUACCAUACUAGUAAUAACAGCUGCAAUAAUGUACGCCCUUUUCCUCUCAGUGCAUUAGAUAUAUCUCAAUGUUGCUUUUUUAAUACGUUUCAGGCCAUGUUGAAUUUAAUAUCGAUAUAAGCAGGACGCCUUCCAAAAAGCUGGACACGACUUGCAAUGCUGAAGGCAAGGAACAAAGCUCGAGUAUUUAGACAGACUUGAUUUUAUGAUGAUAAUAAUUGUAUGUAAGUUAUCUUCCAUUCAGUGUACUAACGCGACUUUAAUUGGCCUCUUUAAAUGAGUAGGGCUCCACACUAAGCUUCCCAUAUCCAGCCAGAGAGCUUUCACAAAACAACACAGUGUGUAUGGAAACGUUAGGUUAGACAAGAAACGAUUAACGUUAGCGUUAGAUGCACUUUAGAGCUCUUCAAAGACAACAAUAGUUCAUUUUCAUGUCAAAUAGUUAUUAUUUUAUUAAUCCCUUUUUUGUAACUUGGGCUUGACAAGUAAAGCUUCCGUUGUUGUGGACACGCGCCUUGUUUACUAUCCGAUGGAGCCGAGCGGCGCCGCAUUUAAGUUGCAGUUUGAGGUGGUUUUCUGAUUGGUGUCCCUUAUAGUCUGCGUCGUUAAAAACCUGCAUUUAGUUGGACAGAGCUCGCUUUUCAAGUGCUAAUGGAUGAUUCCAAGCCGAGGCACAGCAAAAGGCUGCGGGCUGGUACCCGGCGACGUUACCAUGACGACGGCAUCUCAGAUGAGGAGAUUGAUGGAAGGAGGAUGUUUGACCUGGAGGACAAAGUCCACAGUCAGAGGUUCAGUUCUGACAGGGUCCUGCGCAUGGAGGGAAAAGACUUGACAUAUGAGUUCAUCCAGAGAGGUGGCCUGAGGGACCCAAUCAUCUUUGAGAAGCCUGAUGGACUGGGACUCAAGAUGCCUGACCCUGACUUCAGUGUCAAUGACGUCAAGAUGUUUGUUGGUAGCAGACGUAUGAUCGAUGUGAUGGACGUGAGCACUCAGAAAGGGACAGAGAUGUCCAUGGCCCAGUGGACACGUUACUACGAGACUCCUCCGUCUCAGAGAGAGAAGCUUUAUAAUGUCAUCAGCCUGGAGUUCAGCCACACGAAGCUGGAGAACCUGGUCAGGAGACCUGCCACAGUAGAUCUGAUAGACUGGGUGGACAACAUGUGGCCUCGUCACCUGAAAGAGAGACAGAGAGACUCCACCAAUUCUAUCAAUGACAUGCAAUACCCCAAAGUACAGAAAUACUGUCUGAUGAGCGUCGAGGGCUGCUACACUGACUUUCACAUCGACUUUGGUGGGACGUCAGUGUGGUACCACAUACUCCGAGGAAGCAAGGUGUUCUGGCUGAUCCCCCCCACCCCUCAGAGCCUGGAGCUGUAUGAGAACUGGGUGCUGUCGGGGAAACAAGGAGACAUUUUCCUGGGAGACCGAGCAUCUGACUGCCAGAGGGUUGAACUGAAGCAGGGCUGCACCUUCAUCAUACCCUCAGGUUGGAUUCAUGCUGUGUACACACCUGUGGACUCUAUGGUGUUUGGAGGAAACUUCCUACACAGCUUCAACAUCCCUAUGCAACUUAACAUCUGUAAUAUAGAGGACAGAACGCGGGUUCCAUUAAAGUUCCGUUACCCCUUCUACUACGAGAUGUGCUGGUACGUGUUGGAGCGCUAUGUCUUCAGCCUGACAAAGACCUCCUACCUCACACCGGAGUUUCAGAAACACACGCUGGGCAUUGGUUUGAAGAAGCCACCCAGCUCCGAUCCAGACAGUGAGCAGGUGAAAGAAGAAGAGGAGGAGGAGGAGGAGGAGGAGGAGGAGGAGGAGGAAGGGAGCAGCGAGGAAGACUCUUCAGAUCAGAAGUCUGACAAUCCUGCACUCAAAGUUCAUUUGACUCCCCUUGAGCUGGAGGGAAUGUGGAACCUGCUGGGUAAACUGGAGGCUCUUCCCUCCAACAAGAAGUGUGUCCCAGCAGGCAUUCACAAUGCCCCGGCACUCAUUACACACAUCAAGGCUCUACUGAAGGAACGAGCCAAUGACAAUCCCAAACUGUCCUACUCAGGGAAGCCCAUCAUCAGGUGGCCAAAGAGACCCUCAUGGUACCAGCCUCCUCCUCCACCACCACCACCUCCUCGUCCAAAGCUGACCUCCACUCCCAUCAUCCCACGACCACAGAAACCAGCCUCCUCCAUGUCUGUGCUGAGACGGCGCAGAGUCAGGUGUAAGCGCUGUGAAGCCUGUAUGAGACCAGAGUGUGGAGACUGUAACUUCUGCAGAGACAUGAAGAAGUUUGGAGGACCCGGGAAACUCAAGCAGACCUGUGUGCUACGACAGUGUCUCUCUCCGGGCCUUCCUCUGUCUGCAGUAUGUGAGAUCUGCAAGGAGCCCAAUCAGGAGGAAACUGGAGACCCCGCCCUCACUCUGAUGGAAUGUUCCAACUGUGCACAGAUAGUCCAUCCUGCCUGCCUCACGGUUCAGGGUGAAGGAGUGGUGAAUAAAGACCUGCCUAGCUGCUGGGAGUGUCCAAAGUGUGUCCAAGGGAUCACUGACCCAGAGCAGUCUAAAGGAGACAAAGGUGAAGGCCUUCCAGCGAAGCGUAAAUCUUCCUCCCUGCUGGACGCCCGUAUGGCUAAGAUUUACAGACGACAGAGACACAGUCGCGAUGGAGACGACUCUGCCAGUGAUGACGAGGAUGAAGCUUCCCAGAGAAGAAAGGCACUCCGAGGGGGGGGGCAUUCUUCCAGGAGGGGAUUUGGAGCCAACAGGAGAGGCCUGCUGAGAGGAGGCUCGGCCCACAGAGGAAGCAGAGGAGGUCACAUGACUCCCGGCUCCUCGGCCCUCAAGCUAAAGCGAGGGAUGGGCAUGAGGGAUGGUGGGCGGAGGGGACGAGGGGUGAGGCUGAGGGGGGGCUCCAGGAUGCAGCGAAGAGGAGACGAGUCUGAGGAGUCAGACGACGACGACGAUGACGAUGAAGAGGAGGAAGAAGAAGAGGACAGUGAAGACGGAGACAAAGAACGACUGCAUCAUCGUCAACGCAGGAGGAGGCGCAGGACUGAUGAUGAUGAUGAUGAUGAUGAUGAUGAAGAUGAAGAUGACGAUGACGACAGUGAGGGGCAGGAAUUUGACCCUGAAGAUGAGGAGAUGGACACACUGGAAGAUGAAGAGGACGAUGAGGAUGAGGAUGAGGAAGGGCGCUGGGAUUCCGACCCAGAACCCCCGGUCCUCCUGGUGUCUGAUCUAAAUGAUGACCUGCUCAGCGGCUCCUACCUGACUGUCACCCUGCAGCGCCCCCACAAGGCCAAGAGACACUCUGGCUCCAUAGUUCCAAAGCUAGAAGCAGCCAUGGGUGUGAGGACGGCUGCAGUAGGGGGUCAGCAGGGCUUCAUCCAGAGGAAGACGGCUCUGUCCAAACAUUUCCGUCUCAAGAGCGCCGACAUCACAGCUGACGGCGUAACACCAAGAGGACCUGGCAGGCCGCGUCUGCGGGGUAACCAUGGGGACAGAGGCACUAGAGAUCACUCUGUGACGUCCUCAGAGGAAGAGGAAGCUGCUGCUUCUUCUGCGCCCUCUUCCCUGUCCCCUCCGUCCCUGCUGUCGCUGCCGUCCUUUAAGGACGUGGGCAACGAGAGAGGAGGGGAGAAGGAGGUGUGGGUGUCUGUGUUCAGGUACUUGGACAGAACCGAGCUGCUGGCCUGCAUGACCGUCUGUAAGGCCUGGUACAAGUGGAGCUGUGACAAGCGUCUGUGGAGCCACGUGGACGUGAGUCGGUGCAGCCCGCUCAGUAACCAGGCCCUGGCUGGCAUCGUUAAACGCCAGCCAGCCUCUCUGGAUCUGUCCUGGACCCCUCUGGCCAAGAGACAGUUCAACUGUCUGCUCACCAGGCUCCCAGGUCUGAGGGAGCUUAGGGUGACUGGUCUGUCCUGGUCCUGUCUGUCAGCAUUGGUCUCUCCCACGCUGCCCUACCUGCGGCUGCUGGACCUGCGCUGGUGUGAAGGCCUUAAAGAUGCCCAGAUAAAAGAGAUCAUCACCCCACCUGGCUCUGAGACGUCCCGCAGUAGACUGAGGAACAUGGUGACGCUGCGUCUGUCCGGUGUGGAUGUCAAUGAAUCCACUCUGAGGCUGCUCCAGCGCCACAUGCCCCAGCUGGAGAGACUGGACCUGGCUCACUGCAAGGACAUAACUGACUCGUGUAUCAGCCUGCUGGCAGCAUCCGGGACUCACAGCCGCAACACUCUCACUGAACUCACACUGGCAGGUUGUUGUGAGCUGACCGACGGCUGUCUCUCCUACCUGAAGCGUCUUUCAUCUCUGACUCUGCUGGACCUCAGAGGCUGUAAGAGCAUCAGCAGACGAGCCUGUGACGCCUUCAUAUCUGACCUGUCCCACGUUGCACUCUACUGUAUGAUGGAGGAGAAGCUCAUCCAGCGCCUUGAUUAACACUAACAGUUGGCUAUGUACCAGUGUAACAAGGUGUUUGAGAGAAGAAUUACUACAACAACAAAAAGCUCAACCUUUUGUGUAGGUUGUUCUUGUGAACAUGAAGAGCACCAAACCUUGAGUUGGCCUUCAGAAACAUUAAACCUGAGCUAACUGGCAGCCGUGGCACCACAGCUCCUACAAUCCUACCGUCUUGUUUCAACAUGUAAAUAAAGAUCUCUUCCACUUGUACAAAUGUGUGUUUUUCACUAAUGAAACGAGGCUAGCAGUUUCUCUCGCUGAGGCUCCACACUCCCAAUUUAAUAACAAUCUUCUGGCAAGACUACAAACAAGCAUUUUUUCAAAAUGUCAGAAUCGUCCUUUUUAAAAAGUCUUAACUUGCAGAAUGUACACAUCAUGUUUAACCAGAAGUCUGGCUCAAUAUGAAGCCAGCUCUGUGUACAGCCUGGUGCAGGAUGGAGCCCUGUUUGUAAGAGGUCGUUAUUUUUUGGAUUAAAAAUCAGGGAAACUAGAAAAAUGAGUGUAUGUUUAAAUAGUUGAGUGGUAUUCUGUGUAAAGAAAAUUCCAUGUGUAUGUUUAUUUUUUUAUGUUUCAUCCAUGACUCCAUUGACUUUUUCCAACUGGCAACCUAAUAAAAUGUGAAUGGCU